GCUCAAAAUUAACCAUUUUUCUUCCUUCACUCUGUACCUAAAAAUGGCUCACAUUGUUUUUCUGAAAGAUAAGAAGCUCCGAGAGCUUUCAGAUCUCAUUUAUGGCCAAGAGGUUGAGAACAUACAGAACAUUAAAUUCUCAUCCGAAGCCGAGAGAGUGAAAUACCUAAGCUCUUGUCUGUCUAAUUAUAAUUCCAUCAAAAGCCUUCUAAAUGGCGGUGUUGCUUUGGUGACUAAGUACGAGAAUGAUGUCGUUCGAGGUCCCAUCGCUGCUGAAAUCCUUUCCUAUAUCGAAACCUGCCUUAACAGUGCACUGCAGAUCGUGAGGAACUACACUGUUCGCAAAGAUUAUCUUGCUAAAAUAAAUGCUCAUGUCCAAAGCCUUAUGGAAGAGUUGGAGAUUGACAAUCCGGCCCAAGUUUCUCAGCUGACAAACAGAGUUCAACACUACAACAAGGCUGUUAUGGAGUACACGAAGAUGUAUCAAAGUACUGCAUCACAAGAAUUCUCAAGAAUGCUCAAGAACAACGGCAUCAAAUUCCAGACUCUAGUGGAUAGUUACCGGGCGAAACUAAGAAUUCAUGGGCCAUUUAAGAAUUUGACAGAUGAACAAAAGCUGCAGGUUUAUGAUGCAAUAAUUGAGGCAUCGGGUCGAGGAAAAGUGCUGGUUGAAGAAACUCUCAAGGCUAUUGCAGUGCCAAGAAAUGAUGAUACAAACCUACAUGAAGAGAAUAAAUUGGAAACAAAAUUUGAGGCAUCAUCAGGAAAUAUUACUAUGACUAAAUACGCACUGAAAACUAAUAAUGAUGCUGGCAAAGCCUUACUCCUAUUCAAAGCUGCAUACAUAACGUGGGAUAUUUAUACUUCCGACCACACAAUCACAACCACCACGCGCCAUGCCGUGCAGGAAGCAGCAAAACUGGCCGGAGCACCUUUGGUGGAAAUCAUUCAGGCCGCUGUAGAAACCGGAUUAGAAGGUGUUGAGGCAAGUGUUGUGUUUGUGACCGCAGUUGGACUAGCGGUUGGUUUGGUUGGAGCUUUCAUCAUAGGGGAAGUUGCUGGCUUGUUGUUUGAUCUGAUUUUCGGAUCCGGAGGUGCUGAAUUGCCUUUGAGUACUCAAGGCCAUGUGUUUCAUGUUGCAGCCAUGCCCAAUGGCAAGGAAUUGGCGUUACAAAUUGCUCAUUAAAACCUAAACAGAGCAAGAGCUAAUAAGCCUCAGCUGUUUAUAUCUAUCUGCCACUUGCUUGCUGUCUACAAAUUGGAACUUAUUGAAUAUAAUUAUUUUUUAUUUGUUUAUUA